GCUCGACUGGGGAAACAGAAAACUAGAACAACAAUUAAAAUGGAUGCAUAUAUUCAUAUAAUAGAGGAACAUCACAACAAUACAAAACAAACUCAAAAUAGCUUGCCAAAUUCUUCACAAGCUGCCAAUCAGUCAAAUGGUUUGGAGAGAGUCCCAGUCCCAGGCUGGGAAGCAACAAGUGACGGGAGAUUUAACAAAUGGAAAUAUGGAAUUGUGACUGCAUUUUUAAACAGGAACUUAAACUUGAAGAUCAUAUUUUUUUUCACUUGAAUGACUAAUGACAUUUAUCACAAUAACUGGAAAGAAGCCAGAAUCUGGACGACAUGAAACGUUGACAUGGAUCCUCUAUAUCGAGAACCAAUUCAGGAUUGAAAGACUGCUGAGUGCCAAGGGAGGGCCUCCCACCAGCUACUGUAGCACCUCAUCACCUCCCUGAGAGGACAUCUUAAAAGCUGCGCCAGAGAAUGGCAAGUCACAGAGACCCUCGCUUCCUGCACAACCUGUCCCACCACCCUCGAUGGCAACACGACUCGUUAAAACCGAGGAGGAAAAGACACAUGUGCAAAAACAAUGGUGUGUCUUGUCGUCUCUUCUUUCUUUCCUGGUCCAAAUCUUCGUGGAUGUUAAAACCACAGCGGCCCUGGUACCCGGUGCAGCGUUCUAAGAGCUGUUGGGCAAGUUGGCUCCUAAUGCCGUUGCUCCUAAUCUCAUCCCUACCAUGUCAAGCCUGGGCUACCACAUUUAAGGUGGCCCUAGUUGGACCCUGGACUUGUGACCCUUUUUAUUCCAAAGCCCUGCCAGACUCAGCGGCUCGCCUGGCUAUUGCACGAAUCAACAAGGACCCCCACCUUAACAAAGGCUACUGGUACGACUAUACGCUGAUAAACGAGGACUGCAAGUCAUCCCGUGCCAUGGCCCGCUUCGCUGAGCUGGAAGGCUACGGUGCGGCGUUCCUAGGCCCGGCCAACCCGGGAUACUGCUCUUCAGCUGCUUUGUACGCUAAAGAGUGGGAUGUUGGAAUCCUCUCCUGGAGUUGCCUGAAAGCAAACAUGGAGGACGGAGGGAUGUACCCCACUUUCCUCCGCCCACAGCCGUUGUCUUCACGUGUCCUUUUCACAGUGCUGCGUUAUUUCCGGUGGGCCCACGUGGCCAUCAUUUCGGAGGAGAAUGAUCUCUGGGAGGCCACCGGAUAUGAGCUGGCUUCGUCUCUGAGGGCUUUAGGCCUGCCCGUCACCCCUGUAGUGACCAUGGAGACGGGCAAGGACGGAACGAGGAAGGCCUUGACAAAAGUCCGGGAAACUGAUCGGGUUCGAGUGAUCAUCAUGUGCAUGCCUUCCGUCCUGAUUGGUGGCCAAUCCCAGCACAAACUUCUGACAACUGCUUUGGCCAUGCGAAUGAUCGACCGCGGCUACAUUUUCAUCCCCUAUGACACGCUGCUCUACUCACUUCCCUAUAAAGACGCUUUCUACUACACCCUCGGCAACGACACCAACCUGAGGAAAGCCUACGAUGGGGUUCUCACCAUUACCAUGGACUCUGGAGACCGCAAUUUUCAUCAGGCCUUCAAAGAGGCUCAGAACAGCUACGAAAUCCGCAGCAGCACCCCAGCAGAGCAUGUUUCGCCAUUCUUCGGCUCUAUCUACAACAUGAUGUAUUACAUUGCUAUGGCGGCUGAGCAGGCCCGCGCGAAUACCGGCAGAUGGGUGACCGGUGAGCUCCUCGGCGCCAGCGAGGGGGGCUUUGAAUUCGAGGGCUUCAAUCAGCACUUGAGGGCGGGUAGGAACCGGGAAGGCAUGCAGGCUCGCUACGUCGUGCUGGACUACAGCGGGAUGGGAAACUCUCUCUACUCCACUCAUGUUCUGGAGGCUGCACACACAAACGGCAGGAUUGGAGGGUUGAAAUAUCUCGGUCGCUCGAUCCAUUUUGCCGGCAGUACCCCCUACACCGAUUCCAGUUGUUGGUUUAGUCCUUAUUUUGCCUGCAGUGGAGGAAUGGAUUCUACCACUAUCUUCUUUUUCCUUCUCUUGGCUAUGGUGGUUGCUGGUGCUCUAAAUAUCAUCAUUCAUUUCAAGAGAAGUGGCAGAGUGGGCUUCACCUUUGGAGACGGCGGUGGAUCUAACAAAGUACUCCUGACUCUGGAUGACCUGAUCUUCAUUAACACUCAAAUCAGCAAAAGGAAGUUGAAUGAUGAAAGCAUCAUGAGAAGUCAACUGGACAUGAAGACGUCUCACCACUCAGUGUCUGGCCGCAGCUAUUUGGCGUCUUCACCGGACAGCUCCAAUGUUGCUAUAUUUGAGGGUGAUUGGGUUUGGUUGAAAAAAGGCCCGCCUGGAUCUGCAACAAGCAUCAAUAGCAGCACUGAGUCAGUCUUCAUCAAGCUCAGAGACAUGAGGCACGAGAAUCUCAAUCUGUUCCUGGGACUCUUCAACGACUCUGGUGUUUUUGGAGUGGUGACCGAACACUGCUCCCGAGGUAGCUUGGAAAACCUGCUCAUGAAUGAGGAUGUACGUCUGGAUUGGAUGUUCAAGUCGUCCCUGCUGAUGGAUCUCAUCAGGGGAAUGAAGUACCUGCACAAUCGAGGAAUAAUCCAUGGACGCCUCAAAUCCCGAAACUGUGUAGUGGACGGGCGCUUUGUGCUGAAGGUGACUGAUUAUGGCUUCAAUGAACUUCUCAAUAGCCAAGGCAUCAGCAUGGACGAGGAAAAGCCUGAGAAUCUGUUCUGGACUGCUCCUGAGAUGCUACGCAAUGCUGAUCUGCGGAGAAAGGGGACGUUUCUGGGAGACGUCUACAGUUUUUCCAUCAUUGGACAGGAAGUGAUUUCCCGCUCUGCUCCUUUUUGUAUGCUGGAUAUGCCACCCAAAGAGAUUAUCAGCAAGGUCACAAACCCCCCUCCUUUGUGCCGCCCCUCCGUGUCAGUGGAUCAGGCUCCCCUGGACGUCAUCCAAAUCUUGAAGCAGGCCUGGAGUGAAGAACCUGAAAAGAGGCCCACAUUUCAUGAUAUUUUCAAACAGUUUAAGAGCGUCACCAAAGGCAAGAAGACCAAUAUCAUCGACUCAAUGUUGCGCAUGUUGGAGCAGUACUCCUCCAACUUGGAGGAUCUGAUCCGUGAGAGGACGGAAGAGUUGGAGGUGGAGAGACAGAAAACGGAUCAACUGGUGGCUCAGAUGUUGCCCAAGUCUGUGGCCCAGGCGCUGAAGACAGGCAAGCCGGUCAAGCCUGAGCACUUCAGCGAGGUCACACUCUACUUUAGCGACAUCGUGGGCUUCACCACCAUCUCGGCUCUCAGCGAACCCAUCGAGGUGGUGGACCUGCUGAACGACCUCUACACGCUCUUUGACGCCAUCAUCGGUCUGCAUGACGUCUACAAGGUGGAAACUAUUGGAGAUGCGUACAUGGUGGCCUCCGGAGUCCCCAAUAGGAACGGCAACCGUCACGCAGCCGAGAUGGCCAACAUGUCGCUUGACAUCCUCCACUGCAUCGGCACCUUCAAGAUGAGACACAUGCCUGAAUUAAAAGUCAGGAUCCGGAUCGGCUUGCACUCUGGCCCAGUCGUAGCAGGAGUAGUGGGCCUCACGAUGCCUCGCUACUGCCUCUUUGGAGACACAGUCAACACAGCAUCUCGAAUGGAGUCCACCGGGUUGCCUUACAGAAUACAUGUCAACCAGAUCACAGUAGACAUCCUUAACAGCUUGAAGAUGGGCUACAAAAUUCAAGUCAGAGGUCUGACGGAAUUAAAGGGAAAAGGUGUGGAGAACACAUACUGGUUGGUGGGAAGGGAAGAUUUCAAAAAACCUCUGCCCAUUCCACCAGACCUUCAAGGAGGAAGUAAUCACGGCAUCGCUUUAGAUGAGAUACCUCCUGAUAGAAGACAGAAGUUUCUGGAUCGACAGAAGAAGAUGGGCUAGAUUGGUCCUGAUAGACUAAUGUAAAACAGCUUUGCUGGUGUGUAACCUUCAUUUAUAGUAAUGCUGCACAAACUCAUUUCCUAUCUGGUCUCAGAUAUAGUAAACGUUCCUUACACUAGAUCCGAAAACUUUAGAUCAUUUCAGCCAUUAAUCUAUUACAUCAUCGCCACAGGAGCUUUUGGCGCGAAAGGACUGAAUGACUUGUUACAUUACAUUUACCAAAAGUGAUAUUAUAUCUGCUCAGUGGAUCAUGAGUCGUGGUAGAAUGUGACAGUUUCCUGACCAGACAAUUAUUUAAUUCUUGAGUCAGCUUGCGGCACAUUUCAGAAAAAUGACGACUCGUGUGAAGUUAAAGAUGACCUUAGGGCCAAAACACCAAGCAUAAUACAAUAAUGACAACAUAUGAUAUAUUUUGAUGAUGUUUGAAUUGAUUUUUAACAUUAUAUUAUGUUCGACCCUUACAGAAGACAAAUACAAAAAGGAACUUAGAAUAACAGCGUUUGAAUGUAAGCUCAUGCUUAUUUGUCAUCAUCGGUUUGUAUAUACUGUAAAUGUGUACACGUGCAUAUUAGUUGGUCCACAAACAAAAAGGAGGAAACGCAACAUUCCAGAUGCGGACGGAUUAAAAAUGAUGAAAUAUGUAUCUUCUUGGAAAGCAAGAGUAAGACCUUCUUUUUAAAGAGUCUGAACUCUUUUUGCCAAAUGCGGUAAAUACACUUGACACAAACCAAAUGAAGUGGACUGUGCUGAUUAUUUUGAAGGGAAACUUUUUUUGUGUUUAUGUAAAUAAAUUAUGGCUUCAGGAAAAAUUUGUUGACUUUUUUGCUGUCUAAACCUUGAUAGGUUGAAUAAUAUGCUGAAAUGUGAACCAGAGUACAAACAUUAAAUCCAGCUAUUAUUAUUUGUUUGCAGCCUCAUCUCCAUUAUACAUGAAAUUAUUUGUCCAUUAUGUAAAUGUCAG